UUGCCGGAAGCUGAGCCGAGACUGGUGAGCAGAAGAAGAUGGCUACCACUCGCCCGUCUUCUCUAUAAAUAUCCAUCUUCCCUUCCCAGCUUCCUCCUGGUCGGCCAGUCCCCGCUCCGCUCCGCCCCAGUCUCCUCUCCUUCCCUGCACCACCGCCCCAGCAGCUGACACGCCUCGCUGCCUGCACACCGUUCGUCACAUGGACUACACGGGCUCCAGCACCAAGGACCUCUCUCCCACGCGGUAAUCAAUCAACCAACCAAUCGUUCGCCCGCGAUCCAUCUCCUCCCCUGCGCCGCGCGGCCAUUCUUGGCUCUGCCUGCGGCUCCCGGCCCGGUGGCGAUGACGUCUGGUGCGUGGUGGUCCAAGGAGACGGUAGCCGUGGUGACGGGCGCCAACCGGGGCAUCGGCCACGCGCUGGUCGCGCGCCUCGCGGAGCACGGCAUCACCGUCGUGCUCACCGCGCGGGACGACGAGCGCGGGGAGGCCGCCGCCGCGCCGCUCCGCCAGAGGGGGCUCCCCGUCGUCUACCGCCGCCUCGACGUCGCCGACCCCGCCUCCGUCGCCGCCUUCGCCGACUGGCUCCGCGACACCCUCGGCGGCCUCGACAUCCUGGUGAACAAUGCUGCGGUGUCGUUCAAUGCGAUCGACACCAACUCCGUGGAGCACGCCGAGACGGUCCUCAGGACGAACUACUACGGGACCAAGCUGCUGACCGAAGCGCUCCUGCCUCUUUUGCGGCGAUCGCCGGCAACCAGCCGGAUCCUGAACAUCAGCUCGCAGCUUGGCCUUCUUAACAAGGUGCGCAGUCCGUCGCUGCUGAGGCUGCUCCUGGACGAGGAGAACCUGACGGAGGGCAAGAUCGAGGGCAUGGUGUUGCAGUUCCUGGCGCAGGUGAAGGAUGGGACGUGGGAGGGGCACGGGUGGCCCAAGGUGUGGACGGACUACUCCGUGUCCAAGCUGGCCCUCAACGCCUACACGCGUGUCCUGGCGCGGCGGCUGCAGGCCGGCGGCGAGCGCGUCAGCGUCAACUGCUUCUGCCCAGGGUUCACGAAGACGGACAUGACCAAGGGCUGGGGCAAGCGCACCGCCGAGGAGGUGGCCGACCUCGGGGCCAGCCUCACGCUGCUCCCGCCGGACAAGCUCCCCACCGGCACCUUCUUCAAGUGGUCCACGCCGCAGCUCUACUCCAAGCUCUGAGGUUCAGUGCCAUGUCGACUGCCGUGUGAUCGAUGCUGGAAUGCUACGCUGCAGUGUGGCGCGUGCGUGUCGUCCGUGAUGGAGUAGAUAUUCGUUUUGGGUUAGCCUUCGACCACUGUUAUUGUUGCUAGUUUGCUGCUCCUAUACCUAGCCUAUGUACGUACAGAAUGUCAGGUUUUCCUGUUAAGACGCUGAUAGCCUGAUAGACCAUGAGGUCCAAGAGACCAAGACCAUAGGAGUACCAGCAAUUCGUAUUCCAGUCAGCU